AUGGUCAACCGCGGAUGGAUCCCCCACGACAUGAAGGACCCGAAGCUCCGGAGCGCCGGCAAUCCCACCGGGCCGGUCGAUGUGAUCGGCAUGCUCCGGCACCCGAUUCGCCCGUCCUCCUUCACGCCGGACAAUGUCCCCGAAAAGGGCCAGUGGCACUGGAUCGAUGUCGGGCAGCUGGCUGACACGCUCCGGGCCGAUCCCAUCGUCAUUGAUGUCACUGACGCCAACUUCCCCGGCGGUCUGCCCAUGGCCGACCAGACCACCGCCAACAUCCGGAAUAACCACCUCAGCUACGCGGUGACCUGGUACAUGCUCAGCGCCUCCACCGCGGCCAUGAUCUUCCUCCUUUGA